CGACGCGCGCAACCGCAGUGACGCACGACGAUUGUUGUUCGAGAGAGUGUCUCCGCUCCGCUUCGUGUUCGUUCGUGUCAAUUUGAUUCAGCGACUGCCGCGGAGGGAGAGACAGACAGACACAGAGAGAGAGAGAGAGAGAGGCCAGUACGCGCGCGUGAACGAAAGGGCGAGCUGGAAAACGCGAGUGAAGGAUCGUCGUCGUCGUGGUCGUGAUCGCCGUUGUUGUCGCGCCGCGCGGGCCCCUCGCACACGGGGCACCAUGAAGUUCCAGUACAAGGAGGAGCACCCGUUCGAGAAGAGGAAGGCCGAGGGCGAGAAGAUCCGGCGGAAAUAUCCCGAUCGGGUGCCCGUAAUAGUGGAGAAGGCGCCUAAGGCGAAGAUCAGUGAUCUGGAUAAGCAAAAGUACUUGGUGCCCUCUGACUUGACCGUCGGGCAGUUUUACUUUUUAAUUCGCAAGAGGAUUCAUCUGCGUCCCGAGGAUGCCCUGUUCUUCUUCGUCAACAAUAUCAUUCCUCCGACAAGCGCCACCAUGGGUUCCCUUUACGCGGAACAUCACGAAGAGGAUUUCUUCCUAUAUAUAGCGUAUAGCGAUGAAAAUGUAUACGGCCACUAAAACCCCGUGGGAUGAUUGAGUUUCCGUGACAGCAAGGGAUUCAGCAACCAAAAUCCUACCCAUUUACCGACGUAGUGCUCAUAGGUGCUUUCGAAAAAAAAAAACGAGCAUACAAAAUUACAUCUAUCGAUAUACUUUGUGUGAAAUUUUAUGUCAAGAUGCUGCACAUUUGCCUCCUUCGAAAAAAAAAACAGCUGCACAGUUAUAUACCCUUGGAUGAUAAA